AUGUGCUUCAAAGCCUGUAACAAUAUUUUGAAGUGUCUUUUUUUUCUUUUCUUUCUGUUUGUGUCUUUGGCUUUCAUGUGCUUCAAAGCCUGUAACAAUAUUUUGAAGUGUCUUUUGGUUUUCUUUCUGUUUGGCUACCAUGUUCUUCAAAGCCUCUUGUCAAUAUUUUGUGUCUUUUUUUCUUUCUGUUUGGCUACCAUGUGCUUCAAAGCCUGUAACAAUAUUUUGAAGUGUCUUUUGGUUUCUUUCUGUUUGGCUACCAUGUGCUUCAAAGCCUGUAACAAUAUUUUGAAGUGUCUUUUGGUUUUCUUUCUGUUUGGCUACCCAUGUGCUUCAAAGCCUGUAACAAUAUUUUUAAACUUGUCUUUUGGUUUUCUUUCUGUUUGGCUACCAUGUGCUUCAAAGCCUGUAACAAUAUUUUUAAAGUCUUUGUCUUUUGGUUUUCAAAAGCCUUUCUGUUUGGUUUUCUUUCUGUUUGGCUACCAUGUGCUUCAAAGCCUUGUCUUUUUGGUUUUCUUUCUGUUUGGCUACCAUGUGCUUAAAGCCUGUAACAAUAUUUUGAAGUGUCUUUUGGUUUUCUUUCUUUGGCUACCAUGUGCUUCAAUGACUGUAACAAUAAAGUGUCUUUUGGUAAACAAUAUUUUGCCUGUAACAAUAUUUUGGUGUCUUUUUUUCUUUCUGUUUGGCUACCAUGUGCUUCAAAGCCUUGUCUUUUUUUCUUUCUGUUUGGCUACCAUGUGCUUCAAAGCCUGUAACAAUAUUUUGAAGUGUCUUUUGGUUUUCUUUUUGUGCUUCAAAGCCUGUAACAAUAUUUUUAGUGUCUUUUGGUUUUUUUCUUUCUGUUUGGCUACCAUGUGCUUCAAAGCCUUGUCUUUUGGUUUUCUUUCUGUUUGGCUACCAUGUGCUUCAAAGCCUGUAACAAUAUUUUUUAAGUGUCUUUUGGUUUUUCUUUCUGUUUACUUACCAUGUGCCAAAGCCUGCUUAACAAUAAGUUUUCUUUCUUUGGCUACCAUGUGCUUCAAAAGCCUUCUUUUUCUUUUCUGUUUGGCUACCAUGUGCUUCAAAGCCUGUAACAAUAUUUUAAAUGUCUUUUUUUCUUUCUGUUUUGGCUACCAUGUGUUUCAAGCCUGUAACAAUAUUUCUUUAAAGCCUGUCUUCAAAGCCUGUAACAAUAUUUUGAAGUGUCUUUGGUUUUCUUUCUGUUUGGCUGCCAUGUGCUUCAAAGCCUUUUUCUUUCUGUUUGGCUACCACCUUUUAAAGUGUCUUUUGGUUUCUUUCUGUUUGUGUUUUCAAAGCCUUUUUCUUUCUGUUGGCUACCAUGUGCUUCAAAAAGCCUGUAACAAUAUUUUAAAAGUGUCUUUGGUUUUCUUUCUGUUUGGCUACCAUAUUGCUUCAAAGCCUGUAACAAUAUUUUUAAGUGUCUUUUUUUCUUUCUGUUUAGCUACCAUGUGCUUUAAAGCCUGUAACAAUAUUUUGAAGUGUCUUUUUGGUUUUUCUUUUCUGUUUGGCUGCCAUAUGCUUCCAAGCCUGUAA